AUGGCCGACAUCAACCCCUACGAGGAGGCGCGCCUGCACACGCGGCCCUUUGCGCGCGAGGCCUGGGAGAACAGCGGCACCCUCUUUGCGCUGCUCGUCUCGCUCGAGUUCCUCGAGCGCGCCUACGUGCGCGGCGGCGUGCCCGAGGCCGAGUACACGCCCGCGUGCACGCGCCUGCUCGCCCAGGCAAAGACGGUGCUCAAGCUCGUCGUCGAGGAGACGGCCGGGCCGGAGCUGCCGCCGCCGGUCGGCGGGCUCGAGGGCUUCAUGAAGCGCUACAAGAUGCAUCACCCCGCCGCGCUGCACCGCAUCAGCGUCGGCAUCCCCGCGACGCUCGAGCACAACUCGCACGCCGCGACGUCGGGCAACGAGCGCGCGCAGAGCGUCGCCGAGACGACGCAGGCCUUCAUCACGUUCAUGGAUGCGCUCAAGCUCAAGCUGCGCGCCAAGGACCAGCUGCAUCCGCUGCUCGGCGACCUGAUGGGCGCGUACGGCAAGGCGGGCGGCGCGGGCGAGGGACGCGGCAAGCUUGUGGGCUGGCUCAUCAAGCUCAACCAGCUCGCAGCGGCAGAUGAGAUCAACGAGGAGGACGCGCGCCAGAUGCUCUUCGACGUCGAGGCAGCAUACAGCGCUUGGUUCGCCUCGCUGCAGCGCGGCUGA